GUCUUCUUGUAUGUACCAUCUCCAACCUGUUCUUAAUGUUGGGUGCAGCUUCGUUCCAUGGGUUAGAGUUAUAACUAAUAUGUACAUCAUAUGCUUAUGCGUCGGAUUGUUUGCAAUUUCAAGCGCUUAUGUUAAUGUUGCCCUAAACAAACCAGCAUACCAACAGAACCAAUGGAAGCCAGAUGACGACACGUAUGACGCCAGUAACGCUGUAGAUGGACGUAAAUCUGACUUGACAUGGAAUGGAGGUCAAUGUGCUGUAUCAGCUGCCAGAGAAUUAGCCAUUUGGUGGGUGAACCUAACCAGCGUCCACAACAUCAAUCACAUCACCAUAUACUUCCUGACUGGUCGUAUUAGUGGGCAUAUUUUGACAUACCUGGGAUUCUCACUGUACAUCUCCAAUACAACAGACAGAUUACAAGGAAUACAGUGUUUCAAGGACGCCAACUUUACACCAGACACGAUGCCAUCCGUCUUUAACAUCACCUGUCCAGUGCAUGGACAGUACGUCAUAUACUACAAUGAGAGAGUACCAGGAUUUGUUUACCCUUACGGAUAUCAAAGAUCUGUGGAAGCUGACCUUUGUGAAGUUGAGGUGUAUGGAUGCUCAAUUGUCGGUAAAUUCUAUGGAGCUGACUGCUGUCCAGAUGUUAAUUGCUUAAAGUGUCACAUGGAAAAUGGCACAUGUGAAGAGUGUGAUCCUGGAUUUCAAGGCGAUAGGUGUGAACAAGGUAUGUCCGAUGUUAACGUAAUGAUAAGUAUUUUUGAAAAAGGUAAUCAUUCAUUUAUUACCAAGUAUUACUCCACUUGUAUUUUUUAACAUUAUGUCAAUUCUUUGCGUCGACAAAUUUUGAACUUAGCUAACUCUUAGUCUUAGAAUAUCGAUCAUAUCAAUGAAAAAAGGUGUAGCGAAGUGCAGCAAAUUCUUUAUGAUGAAGAUUUCCCUAUCUCUUUAUGUAAUCUAAUUACAUGUAACAAAUACAUGAAUAAAUUUGUAACUGAAUGUAGUAUGGAACACUUCCAUGUUGCGACGUGUCAUAUAUCGACAUAGACUAUUAAUAAAAUGCAGUUUUAUAAACAGCC